AACUUUCAUUCGAUGGCAGCUUGGACCUCCAUCCAUACAGAUUCGAGCUUGACCCUUAUCUAGCAGAUCAGAACAUGUGGAUCGACAGUGGACACUGGGCUGCUCGCCACUAUACCCUAUAUCGGUCGUAUUACCCUGUCUCGAACGCAUCAUCCUCGCGCGACUAACCUUGUAGUGCUGCAUGGCCUGACGUUCGCCUGGGAAAGAAUAUAUUCCGGGGUCUUGUCCUCCCAAACACGUCCGAGAUCUUACUUUCCUCAGAGAUUGUUCCUGAGGAUACCAUCGUCAGGAUGUCCAAGUACGUGACAAAUUACAUCCCUAGCGGCGCGACCGUCAAGGCGCGCGCUACCACGCUCAGCGCAUGGGAGCUUCCCAAGCAAGAUUCGGCUUUGGCGCCUCCAGAAGUAUGGACCAAUGCUGAUAUGGACCCUGUGCCUCCAAAGUACCAGACUUGGACCCUCUGGACUUGGAUGGCUUAUUGGGCGACUGACACCAUCAACCUGGGUACUUGGGAAACCGCCUCGUCCGUCAUCGCCGUCGGCUUGAACUGGCGCGAUGCUAUUCCCAUCAUGGUUGUCGGUACCUCCUGCGUUGCUGUCCCUAUGGUCCUCAACGGUGCUAUCGGAGCGAAAUUGCACAUCCCCUUCUCGGUCAUCGUCAGAUCAAGCUUCGGUUACUACUUUGGUUACUUCUGCAUCUUCUCCCGUUGUGUCCUGGCCUGUUUCUGGCUCGGUAUCCAAGGCGCGAACGGUGCGCAGUGUAUCACCAUCAUGCUUACUGCUAUCUGGCCCUCUUAUGCACACAUCAAGAAUCAACUUCCAACCAGUGCGGGCAUUACCACUCAGGGUAUGGUCAGCUACUUCUUGUUUUGGAUCAUUCAACUUCCCCUUCUUCUCAUCCCACCCACCAGGCUUCGCUGGCUAUUUCUCAUCAAGCUUGUGGCUGCACCAGUGACCGCGCUCGCCACACUUGGCUGGAUCGUUCACAAGGCGGGUGGUGGAGGUGCGAUCUUCAGCCAACGAGAAACUGUCCACGGCAGCGCUCGAGCUUGGCUGUGGCUUUCGUGCAUGUCUUCAGUGACUGGUAGCUGGGCGACAUUGGCGUGCAACAUCCCCGACUUCAGCCGUUAUGCCCGGUCGUCAAAGGGCCAGUAUGUCCAACUUCCCUUCCUGCCCGCCAUCUUCACCGUCUGCGGCGUCAUGGGAAUUGUCACGACGUCUGCCUCGUACGUUGUUUACGGCACCUUUCUAUGGAAUCCACUCGAUAUCAUCGACCAUUGGUUGGGUAGCAAGGGUGGUCGCGCUGCCGCCUUCUUCGCCGCUCUUUCCUGGUACAUUGCUCAAGUCGGCACCAAUAUCACCGCAAACAGUAUCUCCGCUGCCAACGACAUGACCGUGAUGUGCCCCAGAUUCAUCAACAUUAAGCGCGGAUGCAUCCUUGCCGCCAUCAUCGGUGGUUGGGUCAUCGUGCCCUGGAAGAUCUUGAGCUCUGCCUCGACGUUUUUGGCUUUCAUGGGUGGUUAUGCGGUUUUUUUGGCCCCCAUGGCCGGAAUCAUUGCCUCGGACUACUGGAUCGUCAAGCGCCAACAUAUUGAUGUCCCAGCUUUGUAUGACCCUAACGGUCGCUACAGGUACAAUAGCACAGGCAUUAACUGGCGUGCCCUGCUGGCGUUCUUGUGCGCCAUUGGCCCUUGCUUGCCUGGUCUGGCUUACAGUAUCAACGCUACCGGAACUCACAUUUCGAGUGGCGCGAAGCAUUUGUACACAUUUGACUGGCUCUAUGGAUUUGUUACGAGCAUUGUCAUCUACUCUGUCACCAGCUUGAUCUGGAAGCCCUCGGCUACCCUUGUGUCCAAGACGGUCUAUGGCGUCCCACAAGACCCUGUCGAUGAGGAACAAUAUGCGGAGAAGUACGAUGAAAGGGUGCUCAGGCGGGACAGCCUCGUGGGUGACCCGAAAGGGUUCUCCAAUGUAGGUGGCAUUGACAGCAUGGCGAGUGCCCUGAAACUCCGAAAGAGUGUUGAUGAGACUGCCAGGGACAGCGUUGAGGUGAGGCGGAGUCAGGCUCAGCAAGGGGGUCAAGGUCCUCAUGCGCCUGGUACCGUUCCUUCUCAUCUCCGAGGCGUUGACCAGGAACUUAUAUACGAGAAGGUGGUGGUUUAGACACAACUAAGCACGAAAUGAUGAACGGGUAGUGUGUCAUGAUAUGGUGAAGGAAGAUUGUAAUCAAGAGAGAUCAAACGACGAUACCCGUGGAUGUACCUAGGUACCUCUACAAGGCAGCGGAUAAGGGAGUUAGGAAAAGGAGUCCUCCAACCACACCUUCAUAAGGUGUUUGACGUCAAAUCAGGUACUAUUUUAGCAACUACUGCCACUUCUUCUUU